CACAAGAGUUCGAUCGUUAUGGUGUGCGCACCCAUACCGUGAAUUCAAAACGCCAUCUGCCAACUGUUGUUUGAAGAUGUUUCUUAAAGUGCUGGCAUUAGCUUUGUUCUUUGUGAAUUUAGUAACUUCGAGAGAUAUUUGCCAAGGUGACGAAACGUUAUGCAUUAAGGCUUGUUGCAAUUCCACGGAUUUCUAUCGUGUAAAUCCGGAAAAAUGUCAACUAACAUGGAAAUAUUAUAAUCUUUCACUGGAAUCGAAAUUGGAUGUCUUCAAUGGUAAUCAUCGCUAUAUGAAUCUAUUGGUGAAAUUUUGGCAUGAUGUCAGUGUGCCAUGUUUGAAAUCGCAGGAUGUGAAGUUUUCCUGGCAUAGCAGCCAACGUUAUGUCACAGAAGAUCCAUCACACAUUCCCGAUUACUGUUUUACAGAACAGUAUAAUAAUAAAACUCAUCAUUACGAUUUGGUGCCGCUAAAUUGCGCUACUGAAUACACUUGGUAUAGCUAUUCGAGAUAUGUAAUAAUUUCUGGCUUAGUGCUAUCGGUGUUACUCCUUUUGUCAACUAUAUGCAUAUAUUUGGUCAUAAAGGAGUUGCGUGAUAAUAUGCGAUUGAAACUUUUCAUUUGGUAUCUGACCUCUCUAGUUCUGGCCCAUAGUUGUAUGAUAACAUGCGUUCAUAUUAUUUGGGAAUAUUACGAUGGAUUGAAACUGCUAUCCAUUGCAGUGGGUUUUAUAUCUUCCUACUUUUUUAUGGCCACAUUUUUGUGCAUGAGUGUGAUUGGUUUCGAAAUCUGGAUAACUUUCAGAGAAUUGGGUCCGGAAAAUUCUCUAAGGUGCGAUAACAAACGUUAUAAAAUGUAUGCCAUUUAUGUUUGGAGUGUGCCGAUAAUCUUCUACAUACUGUAUAUGUUGACGCUGAGCAGUAUAUGGUCAUUUGGUCCUGUUGUCAUCAUAUUAUUCUUGAAUUUUUUCAUAUUCAUUAUAAUGUCAUUUCAAAUAUGCAUUAUUCGUUACAAUGUCUCCACUGUUAGAUCGGAACAAAAUAACAUUUUUCGAACUGCUAAAACCAUAUUGAGUAUAUUUUUCAUGAUGGGCAUACCCAGAAUUAUAUUCUUUGUUUUCCUCUAUAUGAGCAAUCUGGCUUACUAUAUGAUAUCGAAAUAUAUUUUCUUGUCCAUUGAGGCUCCAUUGAUUUUUAAAUUGUUUGUGUUGAAGACAAAUGUUUGGAAUAUGCUGAAGAACAGUUUUUGGCAUAGGUAUACUCAGGCGAAUACCACAACGGAUGAUAUGUCAUCAGUACCAUGAAAUAUAACGAAAACUAGUGGAUGAAAGAGAUAUCUGAAAAAAAAAACAUAAAUUCUGUUUUUAAGUUUGUAUGGAAAAACUUAACUGAAACAAAACAAAAACAUCAACAAUAAAUUUAGAGAAUAUUUUAUUGCUCA